UGACCCAGGAUACAGCUUGCAGUGGACCGGUCAAGCUUGGCGACUCGGGAUGUUCUCUCUCACGACUGCGCUGCUCGCGUCGCUCGUCCUCGUGACAUCGGCGCAGAAUGAAAAGGAUCAGCACUUCGAGUGCCAGGCCGAGGGCAGGUUCCCCCACCCGAAGGACUGUAGCUCUUACGUGGACUGUGUGUUUAGUCCCCUCGGCUACUUUGUCCCAAUCACAGACAGCUGCAAUGGGGGAGCGUAUAGUGAACAUCUGAAGACCUGCGUUCCCGACAAGGAGUGCAAAAACUCGUUCCGUCGGGGCCGUGCACUAAUAUCGGACCACAGUUACCAGUACAUGUGUUCGGAAAGAAACGGUUUCUUUUGCGCCGACUGCACGACGAUGGUCAGCUGCGUAGAUGGAGUGGCCUACCCUCACCCCUGCAGCGAUGGCUCCACCUGCGCUAUGUUAGAGAACUUCGGCGGGGGUGUCUGCUACCCCGGGCAGCCCGAACAAUGUACUUGCCUUCAGGCCAACAGCUUCCGGGUUGACAACUAUGACUCCAAGAAGUUCUUCUACUGCAACGAUUCUGGAUCUGCGCCGAUGAUGUACCAGUGCCAGGAGGAGAUGAUUUUCGACGAGACGACGACCCAGUGUGUUAACGAGGAAAAUCUUCCCGAAUGCGAACGGUCGGGGAUGUUUGCCAUCGCGAGCAACUGCAGCCAAUACUACACAUGCAUUGCAAGCAAAGAUGGCUGGAUCCAGAGGGCCCUCUCCUGCGAGACGCCGGAUUUCAUGUACAACGAAGCGUCGGGCGAAUGCGAAGACCCAUGCAGCUGGGAAGACGGAGAGUUCUCGUGCCAGGCGGAGGGCCGCUUCCCCGACCCCAGGGACUGCCAGCGGUUCUUCGAGUGCAUUGCGAUCGGCGAUGGCUAUCGGGUAUUCUCCCGCGAAUGUCCCGCCGGGUACGAAUGGGAGAGCGCUAGCCAGGGGGUUGGAAUAUGCACCAAGGCAGUCGGUGGCUCCUCAUGCAAAGCACUCACCCCAAAUAAAUGCGUUAUCCCUGAAAAUAUGUGCAACCAGGGCAGCCCUGCCGGAGGACCACUUCCAGGAGAGAUACCACCACCACCAGAGAAUCUGUUGCCAGAAGCGGCGGUGGUGAGGAGGACUGGUCGUAGGGGGAACCGGCGGACAUGAAUGCUAAAUGUAGUGUAAACUUAUUAUUGAAAGACUUGAAUGUUUGCACUAGUAAGUAUUUAACCAGUCUUUUUGAAAGCUGCCGUUAUUGUUUUAAGAAAAUAUGUCCUUACAUUAAUAUUAAUAAGAUAGAAUAAAAUUUGUUCAAAGUCA